UUAAACAUCACCGUCAACAGUUUCUAUUUUGAUACAAAGAAUAUUUGCACUGACCUUGUGAGCACUUUUGUGCAGUCGAACGAGAUUGAAUUAUUCCAUGAUGUUUCUAACUUUGAUGUUCUAUAAGUGAAAGUAAACUGUUCCGUCAUUUACUUCCUAAACGUGCCCGGACAUGCCUAACAAAAUUUGACUUUCAAAUGGAGCUCAUCAUGAUCUCAGUGGCUCACAUCAGAUGCUCUGCGCUGAAAGCAGCUGAUGCCUGGACAUCAUGACAGUGUUGAAGACCUAAACUGUUGCUUUGGCUGGAAUGAGUGAAAACCUGUGGCUGGAAAAAGCUUGCGCUCACCUUAUUCCUGCUUUACCAUUAUGGAUUAUUGAAUAUGCAUGGACUAAACGGAUGAUGGAGGUCUUAGAAGUUCUAGGACCUCCAUUGUGGCUAGAAGGUGACUGGCAUCUCCUGACCCUUGAAGAGCCGUGCAGAAUCCGUGUGGUGGCGGCAGAGGUCUGGAGGAUCGUGCAAGCCAGAGACAUCAAGCAUUUUGAGCGAGUCACUGAGUUUUUGGAUGUUACAUACACACUUGUGCCAAGACUAGUGACUCCCAUCAAACACAUGAAGAUCAUGUUUGGUCUGCAGACUCUGGUUAUCAUGUGGAUGUUAUGGAAUGACCAGAGCACUGCUAAAAUAACUGACAAGAUUGAAAACUUUUUUCCUAAAAGCCUCCCAGAGUAUCACAAAUGUAGCCGAAGGAACAUGGAGCUGAUGCAGAAAAACCGGGAAGAUUUCAAGUCCUUUGCUCAUGUUCUGGCCAGAGACAGGGAUAUGCGUGAGACUUACAUUCGGGAUUUAAUGGAAGAGCAAUAUGGUGAAUGCUAUGCACAGAAACUGGAGGAGAGACUUUCACACUAUUUGGGAGAGCUAGAUAAAGUCCUGCCACAACCUACAUGCAUUGAACAGUUACUGAAGCAGUCCUAUUCAUAUGGGAGGGGAGAGAAGAUCCUGAAAAAAUUACUUUCAAUUAAAAGUGCCUCUCUAGCCUCAGCUCUGAAGAGACUCCUAAAUUGCGCUGUGACAACAAAUCUAAGCCUUGACGACAGUCUCACACCAUCACUUUCAAACACUUGUGAGGAGCAAAGGGAUGCUGAAGUUGUUAAACCAUCCCAUGGUACCCUCCGUGUAUUUUUGAGGUCAUCUCAGAACAGCACAAAAGAGGAUGGAAUCUCACAAACCAGCUCAAAAGAGCUCUUUUGUUCUCAGGGCUUGUGGCAAAAUAGAAACACAGAAACCAUUUUACCUCAAGUGAAGAUUUGUGAGGAUGGAGUAAUCGUUACCUCUACGCAGUUGUCAGAUUCUGAAAUAGAUCAGACUGACUUCAGCCAGUCUCUACAGGUGGAGAAGGACCUGCUUGGGAGGCAAAGACAGGCGAAGACUCAAUCUGAACCAGAACAGAAGGAAAGAGAGACGGAUUUCAAAGAGCAGAUGUGCUCCAGGCAUGGCAAAAAAAUGAGGAGCAUCCUUCAGGAAUGUUCUGAAGAGCUUGAUGGAGAAGUCGUACAGGCAGAAUGCACUCCCACAUCAACCCAGAGCACUCCACCUCUUCUACCACAACCUCAAGCAUCUCCAAACCAGCACUCAUUGUCCUCAAACCCAGAUUCAUCCUCUACGAACAUUUCAUUGUCCAGCAUCCAGCAGGUCAGUCUUUCACCAGUGUCCUCAAAGAAUCCAGUUGCUCCUUCACCUUCAGUCUUCCAAGAGUCCUCGUCAUCUCAGUCCACAGCCUCAAAGCAACUUGGAAUCAAUGCAGGACAGAUUUUAGCUACUGCUGUCUUCAUCGAACCAAGCAGAACCAAUGAACACAAUCUGAAACUGUCCUUAGAGAGUCAAAGCUUCCUCAUGCAGUCCAAGUGGCUUCAACCUCAAGUGACUCUUAAUAGACUGAGCAAGGAAGAGUGUGCCAGAGCCAUGGAUUCAUACAGAGCCUGUGACAUUUUAGAAGGAGAACAAGAGCAUGAAGGUGAUCAAUACAUGUUAUUUGAUGUAAAUACACUGUAUUCUGAUUCAUACUCAGAAGAUUUUGACUCAACAGACUCUGAUGACCCUGAUUACAAGCCCAACUAAGACUAAAAGGGAGGACAUCAAAGCGAUACUGCAAGCAAAUGUGGUCUUCAUCCUGUUUUUCGGAUGCAUAGGUACUCAGACACUUAUUUUAGCAUUGUACGUUGAAUGUUUGAAUAUAAAAUCCAUUAGGGUUGGGAAAAUAUGCAGCUUUUUUAUUUUACUUUUACC